AAUAAUCCAGCUCUUAACUCUAAAACGGCUGGAGCAUUAAAUGACACGUUAAAAAGAGAAAGUCUUGCUAGUGUGGAUAGAAAAGAAGACGGCAAAUUGGUUUGUAUAUCUCUAAAAAAGUUGGAUGAUGAUAUUAAGUUAUGGAGAGAAUGUAAUGAUGGUAUAUAUUAUACACGAAAAUUUCUUAAUCCAGAAAAAGACCAAUUUGGAAUCGUUUGGAUACAAAUAGCAGGAGAUACUUUAUAUCUGAAUGUUCUUAUCAGAGAUACAAUGAAUAUUCAUAAAUAUUAUAAUAUAGAAAUGGUAAAAAUCCCUGUACAAAAGUCAGAUGAGACCAUCGUAAUUAAAUUUGUAGAAACUCUUCUCUUUUUACGUAACAUGUUAAUUACAAAUUUGUCUUUACUAUAUUAUGGAUCAGUAUGUAGAUCUGAAAGGCAAAAGGAAGGCAGUAUGAUUAUAGAUACUGAAUAA